CAGUGCCGAAUGGAGAAGACAUGCUCUCUGCUCGUACAUUUUGACAAGGGCACCCCGGCCCUUGCGAAUGAGAUCAAGGAAGCACUUGAAGGGAAUGAUGUUCCAGCUAAGAUUGAUGGCAUGAAAAAUGCAAUCAUGCUUUUGCUAAAUGGUGAAACCCUGCCUCAGCUUUUUAUCACUAUCGUGAGAUAUGUGCUGCCCUCGGAAGACCACACUGUUCAGAAACUGCUCCUGCUUUAUUUGGAAAUUAUUGAUAAGACUGAUGGAAAUGGACGUGUGUUACCAGAAAUGAUCUUAAUCUGCCAGAAUCUUAGGAACAAUCUUAUCCAUCCCAAUGAAUAUAUCCGGGGUGUCACCCUGAGGUUCCUUUGCCGGCUCAAUGAAGUGGAUAUCAUCGAACCGUUGAUACCCUCCAUCCUCGCAAACUUGGAGCAUAAACACCCUUAUGUCAGGAGAAAUGCCAUUUCUGCUAUAUCGUCAAUCUACAAACUCCCAAACGGUGAGCAGUUAUUGGUUGAUGCACCAGAGACAAUUGAGAAGUUUCUCUCGACAGAGCAGGAUCAAUCAACUAAGAGGAAUGCAUUUCUGAUGCUUUUUAACUGUGCACAGGAUCGUGCUAUUAACUACCUACUGGCCAAUGUUGACAGAGUAUCAGAUUGGGGUGAGUUAAUGCAGAUGGUUGUCUUGGAGCUGAUCCGGAAAGUUUGUAGGACCAAUAAGGCUGAAAAGGGAAAAUAUAUUAAGAUCAUUAUAUCUCUAUUGAAUGCUCCUUCAGCUGCCGUUGUCUAUGAGUGUGCUGGAACCCUUGUCUCUUUGUCUUCUGCUCCAACUGCUAUUAAAGCUGCAGCCAACACAUAUUGCCAGCUUCUUCUUUCACAGAGUGAUAAUAAUGUUAAGCUCAUUCUGCUUGAUCGCUUGAAUGAGCUCAAGUCUUCCCACCAUGAGCUUAUGGUUGACUUGAUAAUGGAUGUCCUUAGGGCACUGUCUAGCCCAAAUCUCGAUAUCCGAAGAAAAACACUUGAUAUUGUUCUGGAACUGAUUACCCCUCGCAAUGUCACUGAGGUGGUUCUUACUCUGAAGAAGGAAGUCAUGAAAACUCAAAGUGGGGAGCUUGAGAAGAACGGGGAGUAUCGGCAAAUGCUCAUUCAAGCAAUCCAUUCUUGUGCUAUAAAGUUCCCUGAAGUGGCAAGCACAGUGGUCCAUUUGUUGAUGGAUUUCUUGGGAGACAACAAUAUUGCCUCUGCAAUGGAUGUUGUCAUUUUUGUUAGAGAGAUAAUUGAAACCAACCCUAAGUUAAGGGUUUCUAUUGUCACCAGACUUCUGGAUACCUUUUAUCAAAUUAGAGCAGCUAGAGUCUGCUCCUGUGCUCUUUGGAUUAUUGGAGAGUAUUCCUUAUCUCUUUCUGAGGUUGAGAGUGCUAUUUCAACUAUUAAGCAGUGUCUUGGGGAUUUACCUUUUUUUUCAGUCUCUGAAAAUGAGGAAGAUGCUGAUUCUUCAAAGAAACCACCCCAGCAGGCUUCCUCAAUCACCGUUUCAUCCAGAAGACCGGCUAUCCUUGCUGAUGGUACUUAUGCAACUCAAAGUGCUGCCUCUGAGACUGCUUUCUCUGCUCCAGCUGUUGUUCAGGGAUCUUUGACCACUGGAAACUUGAGAUCUCUUCUUUUGACUGGUGACUUUUUCCUUGGGGCAGUUAUUGCCUGCACCCUAGCAAAACUCUGUCUAAGAUUGGAGGAGGUUCAACCAUCGAAGGUUGAAGUGAAUAAAGCUUCAAGCAAUGCUUUGUUGAUUAUGGUCUCUAUGCUACAGCUCGGGCAAUCUUCGGUUCUUCCGCACCCAAUUGAUAAUGAUUCAUAUGACAGGAUUCUUCUUUGUAUAAGAUUGUUGUGUAACACAGGGGAUGCUGCAAGGAAGAUUUGGCUGACGACUUGCCGUGAGAGUUUUGUCAAAAUGCUCUCUGAUAAACAGCUUCGUGAAACUGAAGAAAGUAAAGCUAAGGCUCAGGUUACUCAUUCACAGCCUGAUGACCUUAUUGAUUUCUACCAUUUGAAGAGCAGAAAGGGGAUGAGCCAGCUGGAGCUAGAGGAUGAGGUCCAAGAUGAUUUAAAACGUGCUACUGGGGAAUUUGUGAAGGAUGCAGAUGAUGCAAAUAAGCUGAAUCGUAUCAUUCAACUCACAGGAUUUAGUGAUCCAGUUUAUGCUGAAGCUUAUGUGACAGUUCAUCAUUAUGAUAUUGUCCUGGAUGUCACAAUUAUCAAUAGAACAAAAGAGACCCUUCAGAACUUGUGUUUAGAGCUAGCAACAAUGGGAGAUCUCAAACUUGUUGAGCGUCCACAGAAUUAUACUUUGGCUCCUGAAUCAAGCAAGCAAAUAAAAGCAAACAUUAAGGUUUCCUCUACUGAAACUGGAGUCAUAUUCGGAAAUAUUGUCUAUGAGACAUCAAAUGUGCUCGAGCGAACUGUUGUUGUCCUCAAUGAUAUCCAUAUUGAUAUCAUGGACUACAUAUCUCCUGCUGUUUGUAGCGAUACUGCUUUUAGGACCAUGUGGUCAGAAUUUGAAUGGGAAAACAAGGUUGCUGUAAACACAACAAUUGCAAAUGAAAAAGAAUUCCUUGAUCAUAUUAUCAAGUCAACCAACAUGAGAUGCUUAACUCCGUCUUCUGCUUUAGAAGGUGACUGUGGAUUCCUGGCUGCUAAUUUGUAUGCGAAGAGUGUAUUUGGGGAGGAUGCUUUGGUAAAUGUCAGUGUCGAGAAGCAGGCAGAUGAGAAGCUGAACGGAUAUAUUAGGAUAAGGAGCAAGACUCAGGGAAUUGCGCUCAGCUUGGGUGACAAGAUCACUCUCAAGCAGAAGGGAGGAAGCUAAUGGUUUUGUGCUGAAGUAUUUCCGACUCAGCGAUGCUCCUGUGAAAAACCACCUUGAGAGGAUAGAGAGAGUAUAUGUUUACCUUUGCAGUUUAUAUGUGGGGAUGCCACACGAUUGAAGUGUAUUUCAGUUAUAUUCUUUUUGUAGAGCAGAUUGGGAAAUGAUUUUGGUAAUAUGUUGUGCACUUUUACAUUUUAA